AUGAGAGUCCAAGAUUUCCUUGUUGUGACAGCUGCCCUGGCGCCUAGUGUGUCUGCGGAUUGGCAGUUUCGAUCACGGCCAGACCUCACCCCACCUCGUCUCAAUAUCACCGUCUCAGCAGACCCUGCCCUUGUCGAGAAGGGUCUCAUCUUUGUUGCGCCAUAUCCAGGCUUCACGCCGACCAGUCAUGGCCCCAUUCAACCGGCACCGUACAUUUAUCGCGACGACGGAGAGCUCGUGUGGUCAGGCCUUGGACACAUUGCCGGCUGGGCCGCGAACUUUCGUCCCGACACUGUGGACGGGUCCCAGGUGCUUCGCGCGUUCGAAGGGCAAAUGUCGGCCCAGCUUGGCAUCAUGCAUGGCCAUCACCUCAUUCUGAACGAAAAGUAUGAGACCGUCAAAUCAGUGCAGUCCAGAUCACCUCAGCUGAUUUCUGGACACGAAUUUCGUGUCAUCAAUGGCAAAUCUGCUUUAGUGGAGGUGCCUUUCACCAAACCUUUCGAUCUUUCUCGCUGGGAGCUGGAUAUUGAGACAGGUCAGGUGCUCUUCGAAUGGGAAGCCCUAGACCAUGUGGACCCCAAGUACAGCGCCUUUCCCGUAGACCACCUGGACAGGGCUAUCGGGAGUGGCCGCAGUUCAUCCGACGCCUGGGACUACUUCCACCUAAACAGUGUCGACAAGGACGACGAAGGAAACUACCUUAUCUCAGCACGCAACUAUGCAGCUCUUUUCAAGGUCAGCGGUGCUACAGGCAAAGUCAUCUGGCAGCUUGGCGGCCUACAUGGCGGCUCGUCUUUUGAGAUUGCCCCUGCCGCUCGCUUCGCCUAUCAGCAUGACGCCAGAUUCUUGAACCGAUCCUCUGAUGGGGCAAUUGAAUAUCUAUCCCUCUUCGACAACUCGGCUCACUCACCGACAAUCAAGAUCAACCCCUUCUCACGGGGCCGCAUCCUGCAGCUUAACCACACAGAUGGGACUGUCAAGGCAGCAGCUACGUAUCCGGCACCAGACCAGCUUUCGGCUCAGACGCAGGGCAACACGCAAGUCUUGCCCAACAGCAACGUUUUCGUCAACUGGGGGCAGGCAGGUGCUGUCACGGAGUUUGCUGCUAAUGGUACCGUUCUGUUUCAUGCGUAUCUCGAUUCAGAACCUGGAGGCCACAGCGUGCAAAGCUACCGUGGUUUUAAGCUUCCUUGGACCGGGAGGCCUAUCGAAGAACCAGCAGUCGUAGCCCUGGGAAGCGAGGCUUCCGACGACGUGGAUAUCUAUGUUUCCUGGAAUGGCGACACCGAGACUACACUUUGGCGGUUCUAUGCAGAGGAGCUCAGGGCAGACGUUGCGCGUAAGCGCUUCUUGGGAGACUCCAAUCGUCACGGAUUCGAGACGCAUAUCAAAGUGAAGAGGCCCUCUUCAGAGGAAGGCUACAGGAUCUUUGCCGAAGCCGUUGAUAAGAACGAACAUGUCCUGGCACGCAGCGGGUCUGUCGCUGUUACAUUUGGAAAACGCCCGCUGUCAGAGGGACAGUCAAGCCAAACGUUCCCGGUGGCUGAAGAACUAUGA